AUGGACACGCCGCCGGGCUCGUGGAGCGCGCAAGCGCCGGCGCCUGAGAAGUCGAGCGAGCUCUUCAUCCGCGACUAUCCGCACCGCUCCAUCGCCAUCGUGUCGUCGUCUCACGCCCUGAUUCUGCGCUACAGCUCGUCUGCCAGCGAGGCCUUUGGCAGCGGAUCGCCCGUCUCGCUACCGUCCAGCAAGCCGCGCGGAAGCGAGUCUGCAACUGCCAAGUGCAUGGUGGAGUUUUCCGCCAUAUCCAAGAAGCUGCUCAAGGACUACCGCCCGCUGACACCGAGGCCUGUGUACGGCACCCUGGGCCUGAUUGCCAUCAAUGGAGAGGUCUUUCUGUCCGUCAUCACCCAGGCCGUCAGGGCCGCAACGGUUCGGCCUGGCGAGACGGUCGAGCGGAUCGCGAGCGUGGACUUCUACUGCCUGAGCAGCGCCGACUAUGACGAUGUCGUGCCGCUGGAGUCGACGGAUGCGGAUUCAUCGGAUGUGUUUGGAUACAACUCAUCCUCGCCUUACGGCCAAGGGCUGAGUCGCCGGGAGGUGGCCGUUGAGCACCCGUGUCAUGACUUGCGCAGGCUGCUCAGCAAUGGAUCCUUCUACUACAGCACGGAUUUCGACCUCACCAACAGGGUACAAGACCGGCCUAUCAACUCCAACUCAUUCGAGAUUGACAAUUUUGACGAUACCUACCUAUGGAACUCCUUCAUGAUCAGUCCGUUGGUGCAGUUCCGCUCCCGGCUGAUGGCUUCGGAACGCGAGGCGCUGGAUGCCUCACGCAUUCUCACAUCUGCUAUCAGGGGCUUCUGUAAGACAAUGACCAUCCCGCAGAGCGCAUCGCCCUUGAAGGCAGCCAGGAGUGGCAUGCCGUCCUUUCUGACACUAGUUUCACGACUCUCGUGCCGGCGGGCAGGCACUCGCUUCAACGCCAGAGGCAUGGACGACAAUGGAAAUGUCGCAAAUUUCGUCGAAACAGAGACAACGUUCUGGUCCCCCGCCGGUGUUCUCUUUUCUUAUGCACAGGUUCGAGGCUCGGUGCCAGUCUUUUGGGAGCAGGUUGCGGAUCUCAUACCCGGCCGUCAGAAAAUCACAAUCACCCGACCCCUGGAUGCGACGCAGCCGACAUUCAACAAGCAUUUCGAGGAUCUCGAGCAGGCUUAUGGCGCCGUCCAUGUAGUGAACCUUUUGAGCGACACUAAGCCGGGGGAAGUUGAACUCGCCAGCAUGUAUCGGGAGUGUAUAAGACGCUGCCCGCUGAGCCGGCCUGCUCAGCAUCAAUCAGAGGACCAUGCCCUGCUGCGUGAGACACAUUACGACUUUCACGCAGAGACAAAAGGCCCGGCAGGGUACGAGGCUGCCCGCGGCAUCCGUAGACACAUAGAGAACUCCGCCGAUGGCUUCGCCUACUUCUUGGCCGAGAACCACCACGAUUCUAACGAGAAGACUGAUGAACGCAUGGUGGUUGUGCUUCAGCAAGAGGGUGUCUUCCGCACCAAUUGCUUGGAUUGUCUGGAUCGCACAAACUUGAUCCAGACUCUCAUUUCUCAAAUGGCGGUCGAGGCGUUCCUGGGCCACCGGGGGGAGUUUGCAGCUUCCGACUUCUGGAUGAGGCACUCCAGUCUGUGGGCCGACAAUGGCGAUGCGCUCUCAAAGACGUAUGCCGGAACCGGGGCUUUGAAGACCUCCUUCACCAGACACGGGAAGAUGUCCUUGGCCGGUGCCAUGGCAGACGUGCGAAAGUCCGUUCAGCGCAUCUACCACAACAAUUUUGUCGACCCGUCUCGGCAAAUCACCAUCGACAUGCUGCUUGGCCUGCUGGUUGGGCAGAGCCCCGUGCACUUGUUCGAUCCCAUCAGCGACUUUGUGGCGCUGGAGCUGGCCAGGCGAAGCGAAGAAUUCACUUCGUACAAGAAUAUCAGUAUAUGGGUUGGCACAUUCAACCUAAACGGACGCACCGAAGGCAUCGAUCACGACCUGUCACCAUGGCUGUUUCCGCCGUCACUCGGCUCGGCGCAGCCGGAGAUAUAUGUUGUGGCGUUUCAGGAGAUAGUUGAGCUGAGCCCGCAGCAAAUCAUGAACAGCGAUCCGACGAGGAAGAGCCUCUGGGAGGCGGCGGUGAAACGAGCCUUGAACCAGCGGCAGGCCAGCCUUGGGGGGAAGAAGUACGUGCUGCUACGGAGCGGGCAACUCGUGGGAGCGGCGUUGUGCAUCUUCGUGAAGUCGUCGUCUCUUGAUCAUAUCAAGAACGUUGAAGGGAGUGUCAAGAAAACAGGCUUGUCCGGGAUGGCCGGAAACAAGGGAGCGGUUGCUAUCCGGUUCGACUAUGCAAACACUCCCCUAUGCUUUGUGACGGCGCAUCUGGCGGCAGGGUUUUCCAACUACGAUGAGCGAAAUCGCGAUUACGCUACGAUUCACGGUGGGCUGCGAUUUCAGAGGAAUCGGGGCAUCGAGGAUCAUGAUGCCAUCAUCUGGCUCGGCGACUUCAAUUACCGCAUCGGGCUCAGCUCCGAGGCUGUCCGCGCCCUGUUGAAGAAACGGGACCUGCAGACCUUGUACGACAACGACCAGUUGAAUCUGCAAAUGGUAGCCGGGCUGGCGUUUCAAUUCUACUCCGAGGCCCGUAUCAAUUUCAUGCCUACUUACAGAUUCGACAUUGGAACCGACGUCUACGAUACUUCUGAAAAGGCGAGAAUUCCGGCCUGGACAGAUCGAGUGCUGAGAAAGGGGGCUAUUCUCCGCCAAACAUCGUACGACUCGGCGCCGCUGCUGUUUUCGGACCACAGACCUGUGUACGCGACAUUUGAAUGCCGGGUGAGCCUCAUUGACGAAGCUCGGCGAGACGCCAUCAGCCACGAACUAUAUGAGCGGCGCAAGGCUGAAGUUGGAGACUUGGCUGCGCAAGGGGAGGGCGACGACAGCGAAGAUGAAGACCUGAUUGGGUACGACGCAAUCGAGCCAGGCCUUCCACCAGCGAGCUCAGACCGCCAAAAGUGGUGGCUUAACAAUCAACAGCCAGCUCGGGUUCAUAUUCCAAUUCCCACUGGGCGAGACGGGCAGCCGAUGGCGUUGAACCCGAACCGCCCUUCCAACCCCUUUGGGCAAAGCGAAGAACCGGACUGGAUAUCCAUCUCGCGGUCGUCCCCAGGGGCGUCGCUCUCGAGCAUGUCCAGCUCUCCGUAUGAGAAGGUGAUGCCUCCGAGGGGCAUGAUAUCAGCUGCGGCCGGUGGACCCAGGAAAUUGCCUCCACAAUAUGACCCGACGACUCUCCCUGCGCAGGUCGGACGGAUGAAGAUUGGAGACGGCGACGGCACGCGGAAUGUUUAUGGAGACAGAUCUGGCGUGGCCCCCCCUCCCCCGCCUCCCCGUCGUUCAGCGACCACUGACUCGGGCUCGGGCGCAGGGCCGGGCGGCAAGUCGGCGAGCUCGAGCUCCUCGGCGACGAUGGGAGGAGCAGACAAGGCUGGGACACAACCACUGUGGAUGCAGUCUCGACCCGCUUCGAUGGCUUCUCAGACAUCGCAGCUGUCUCAGCAGCUGAAAGCUGGAAAACCCGCACCCCCUGUGGCAAAGAAACCAGCCCACCUGCUUUCCACAUCCCCAGCCUCGGCGCCGAUGGCGUCCUCAAUGUCAGCCGGGGGUGGACGCUAUCGAGAUGAUCAUGGAGGCGAUGACUUGCACCCACCGCUGCCGGCUCGCGCUUCCACGAUGGCGGCAGCGCCGGAAGAUGCGCAGUGGCAGACGCGGUCCGCGGGCGUGGCCGCGAGGAAGCCCGUCGCGCCUCCUAAGCCCCAGCUGAAUGUGAAUAUGAGCACGAGCACAAGCACGAACACGAGCAUACAUGCCGCGGCUAGAGGGCCUCCUGUCCUGCCACAGCGAUUGAGACAGGCAAAUCACGGCCCCGUUGACUUGUUGGAUGGAGGCGAGGAAGAGAUGGGAGGCUGGGAGACGUUGCAGCCAAGUACAGCAGCAUAG